AUGGAUUCAAGAUUCAACGAUACCGUUCGUUCCUUGAGGUAUAAUGAUGAAAAGAGUGACGAUCAAUAUGCAUUUGUGAAAGCUUUACGUAUGAGUGGUGGAGAUGGAGCCAACAGCUACUCCGCCAAUUCUCUUCUUCAGAGAAAAGUUUUAUCAAUGACCAAACCAGUCUUGGUAAAAAACACAGAAGAAAUGAUGAUGAAUUUAAGCUUCCCUAACCAUAUAAAAUUUGCUGAAUUGGGUUGUUCUUCCGGGCAAAACACGUUUUUGGCUAUCUCUGAGAUCAUCAACACCAUCAAUGUGCUGUGUCAAAACUCGAACCAAAACCCUCCAGAAAUCGAUUGUUGUCUGAAUGAUCUUCCUGAAAACGAUUUCAACGCAACGUUCAAGUUCGUACCCUACUUCAACAAGGAGCUCAUGAAGACAAACCAAGCAUCGUGUUUCGUCUAUGGAGCACCAGGUUCCUUCUACUCUAGGCUCUUUUCACGUAAUAGCCUCCAUCUUUUACAUUCUUCUUACGCUCUACAUUGGCUCUCUAAGGUACCAGAAAAACUCGAAAAUGACAAGGAAAAUGUGUACAUCACAAACUUAAGUUCUCAAAGUGCAUAUAAAGCGUACUUGAAUCAAUUCAACCGAGAUUUCACAAUGUUUUUAAGGUUACGUUCUGAAGAAAUUGUCUCUGGUGGGCGAAUGGUUCUUACCUUCAUCGGUAGAAACACUCUUAACAAUAACUCAUUGUAUAGAGAUUGUUGUCACUUUUGGACACUGCUAUCAAAAUCACUCCAUGACCUAGUCUUCGAGGGCCUAGUGAGUGACUCAAAACUGGAUGCAUUUAACAUGCCGUUUUAUGAUCCGAACGAACAAGAACUCAAAGAUGUAAUACAAAACGAAGGUUCUUUUGAAAUCAAUGACUUGGAAACACAUGGAUUCGAUCUUGGCCAUAGUAACUGCGACAUCGAAGAAGAAGACAAUGGAGCAGGAUACAAUGAAGCCAAUCAUAUAAGAGCCGUUACUGAACCAAUGCUCGCUGCUCAUUUUGGAGAAGAUAUUAUCGAUAUCUUGUUUGAUAAGUAUGCUCUCCAUGUGACACAACAUUUGAGCUGCAGAAACAAAACGAGUGUCACUCUUGUGGUCGCGUUGACUAAGAAAUAA